GACCCAAAACGGCAAGGAUGCAACUCGUUUGAAAUUCACAGCAUUUUAAUAGAGUCAACUCAGUUGAAUGAACAGCACACACUUUCAGAGAGAGAAACAACAAAUCGACUACUAAAACGCAUCGCACAUCAGUGACAAGCACACAUAAAGGACGAAAUCGGUGAUGAGAAAAUCAUCUCAUAUUUUUCCACAAUAAAAGUGUAUUUUGUGUGUUCGAUAGUUGACUUGGUUUUUUUUUUUCAUUUCGGCAACGAAUUCGAAUAUUGAUGUUCGAACGAUUCGACUCAUAACAACGUGUAUGUAUUACAAGUCUCCGGCGUAUUGUUAAUCAUUUUUGACAAUUCAAUUUGAACACAAUCGAUCGAUGUGAUUGAAAAGUUUUGCAAAAGCAUUUUAACAAUCAGCACAUGGAUAGUUCUAAUUGAAUAUUUUGCGGUUCUGUCAAAUAAUACACAUAAAAUUUCUACAUGAACCAUAGACGACAACAAGACAGUGACAACGAAGAAGAGAAGAUGCUGAUAGCAAUCGUUUACCACGUUUAAAUUGUGAAUUAUGCAAAUUGUGUGGAUACUUUGAUUACGCAAUUAAACUAAAAUAAAUUGAUUAUCAUUUAAUUAAAAAGGAAGACAGCCAGUCGGUGUGUAUGUGCGCGAACAGUGAAACGAUACGAGGACAUGAAGAAAAAUAGUGCAAAGUGAGUACAAAAAUAGAGAACAAUUGAAAUUAGAGUAAAUGACAGUGUGACCCAAUGAACUGGAUUCCAAGGCAGAUAUUUUCAAAGAAAAGUUUAAAUAAAAAAAAACACGCAAUUUCCAGUCGAAGAUAAAUAAAAGGAAAAAUGCCGACGCUCUCGACAAAACCACAACCAGAUCAAGAAGAGUGAUAGAAAAAAGUGACACAAAACGAAUUUUCCACUUUUAUUGAAUGUGAUGUGAUUUAAUUUAAUAAAUUUGAAUAAAUUACCAGACGAACAGUUCAACAGUCGAUAGAUUUGGCAUUGUCUACAUACACACAUACAACCGAGAAAUAGAGACAAUAACUUGUGUAUCUGUUUUGCUCUCGACGUACAGACACUUUUUCUAUGUAAACGUGAUAUUUUAAUAAAUUGAAUUGAUGCGUCAAUUGACCUUUGCGUAAAAAGUUUUUUACCAUAUGAAUUACGAAACUAAAGUGGAACUACCAAACACAAUCUAAGUACAAUUCAAAUUUUUUCUUCGUCAGUUUUAGUUUUUUCGCUUUUUCAAUUGCGGCGUGUCUGGCGAAAGUAAAUUUUUAAUUCAAUUUUUUUGUUGUUGCAAAAGACAACAAAUUCUGUUUCGUAACACGUGAUUCGGCAAUUGUUUGUAUUACAGCAGCGUUAAAUAAAGCCUUAAACUGUACUUACCAGCAGAUUUAUUUUCAUCGUUCGACAAGCCAUUCGGUUUACCGGACAAUCAAUCACAAUCGGUCGCUUGUAACGGCAAAUUGGAUUUUAAAACAAAUUGCGUGGCCGGUGGUAGUUGUGGAACAAAUCCAACAUCAACCUCUGGCCAAAACAUUUGCAACAAUUCAUUGAGUCCGUCGUUGGCCGACGGUAGCGUUGCACAACAACAGUUUAACAUAUUUCCGGCAAUUUUUAGCCGUCAAUUGAAUUUUACGGCAGCAGCAGCAGCAAGUGCAUCACAAACAAAACUCAUGGAUGAAUUACGGCCAAAUUUGGUGGGCGGUCUGUUGGGAUUGCAACAAGGUUUGCUCGAAGAUCAUGCAUUGGCACACGGUAAUUUACAGCAUAGUGGACAUCAAGAUUCGAAAUUUAUGUCAUCAUUACAAGAUAAUCGUCUAAUGGGCAUAACGUCACAUGAAAAUCGUCUUUUAGGAUUAUCGCAUGACUUACGUUCGGCCGCCUCAAUUAACAAUUUAGACAAUAGCAAAAAUUCAUCGAUAGUCACGCAUCAGAGUCGAAAAUGUAACAGCACACCGGAAGAUUUUAGUGCAUUAUACGGUGGAUUAUCGGCAGCAGGAUUGGGUGAUACAUCGUCACAUCAUCAUACACCGGCUCAUACACCACCGUCACGACACGAUCAUUCCAUUACAGCUGAAGGUGCAUUCAAGAAAUUAAAACCCGAGCCCAAUUCCGGCUUGUCAUCGUUGUCUGGCGGUGUUUCGUCACCAGGAAGUGGAAUCUCAUCGUUACCUCAACAUGCUGGACACACACCGACCACAGCAUCUUGUCCAACGCCAGCCAGACGAAGACAUCGCACUACAUUCACUCAGGAGCAACUAGCUGAACUGGAAUCUGCUUUUGCCAAGUCACAUUAUCCAGAUAUUUACUGCAGGGAAGAGUUGGCCCGAACAACUAAACUGAAUGAGGCUCGAAUACAAGUUUGGUUUCAAAAUCGCCGUGCAAAAUAUCGAAAGCAGGAAAAACAAUUGCAAAAGGCAUUGGCACCAUCGGUCAUACCAUCAUGCAAUGGUAUGAUGCGAAAUAUUCAAGGAUACAGCGUAUCAAGAGGCUAUCAGCCAUAUCCACAUCCAAACUCGAUUAAUCGAUAUCCACAAGACUUGUUUCAAAUGGGUGCAACAUCGUAUCCGGGCAUGACACAACCAUUUUCAAUGGGUCACACGUCAAACAUGAGUUCGGUUGGCGUCCGGCAAGAUUCAAUGGGAAUGUCAGCCGAAGACGAAUGGUAUAACAAGAGUUUAUCGGCAUUGCGAAUGAAUUCAUCGCAUCAUCCGAAUUUGUCGGCACCGAUGUUGCAAUAUCAAACAUAAUUAAUGUCGAACGAGGAUAGUAAAAGUAUCGACGAAAACGAUACUUUACUAUACUAGCAAUAAUAUUUAACAACAACAGCAACAACCGAAAAGGCAUCAGAUGCGGCAACAGCAACUGCAUUCAAACACUUACCAGUAUACAACAGUCGACCAGAAGUAUCCAUCCAAUUAGAUUCAUUCAUCUAAGCUGGAAUUUGCAAACAAGCAGAUCGAGAAAAUCUGUUAUUUUGAUGAAAAUAUAUUAAUAUAUAAAUAAAUUUCCAAAGAAGAAGAGGAGGAGAGAGACAGAGGGGGAAGGAGGGAGCGAAGAAAUUGAAUUUAUGCAAUUUUAUCACCAAAAACAAAUUCCAUAAAUAAGAUUUUCGAGUUUUUUUUUUAUUUUAACGAAUAAAUUGAAAGGGAGUGUAAGUGAAGAGAUCGUUGUGUCACACAGUAUUUACAAAUAUUCCAAAGAUUUGUUAGUUUUAGUGUAAAUAUAUUACUUAAGUGGAUGCAGUCUUUUUUUGACGAAACAAAAAUGUUCGGCAAUUUAUAAUUAAAACAAAACGAUACAAGAUAUAGAAAAUAAUAAUUUUGAAUGCAGCUGAAAAGAGAAUAUAUUUUCGUUUGUCAAGAGAAGAAAUUGCUUUUAAGAUGUAACAUUUUUGAUUUGUAACAAAAAUUGAGUUUUUUUUAUUAAUCUUAGAUAAAUUGUUCGAUUCACAUUUUUCCAUCUUCAUUUCCUUAACGAUCACAAAAUUAUGUAAUAACAUGUACGCUGUUCACAUUUUUCUUCGUAAUAUUUCUUGAUCUCUUAAUUCUUUUUUUCUUCGUUUUAGCCAUUUGCCAUCAACAGUUGAUGAAGAUAAAACUUUAAAUGAUUUUUGUAACAAAUAUGAAACCAGAUUUCUAACCAACUUUUAAUGAUAUAAAUAAAAUAAUUAGCGUUAAAUGUAUGAAAAUAAUCCGACAAAAUAAUCUAUGGAAUAAGCAUUGGUAUAUAUAGAAAUGAAUUGUAAAUUGACUUCAAUGACGAUUUGAAAGCACAGUUUCCUUUGCUAUAUUCCAUUAUGGAAUUGUGUGACAUUGUCAACAACAACAAAAAAAUGACCAUUUCAAUAGUGCAUGUAUUUUCCUGAAAAUCAACACGAUCUACAAUUGUCAAAUUCUGAUAAAUCAAUAUCUUAUAAUAAUUCAAAUCGCAUUGCAUCAUCACUAAUUUAACAAAACCAAUAACCAAAUAUUUUUUGUGUGUUCUGUAAAUAUUUGAUGACAAAUGAAAAACAAUGAA